CUCCUGGCAGAAUAAGACCUAAAAAGAUAGUUAUAUAUUAAGCCUUACAAAACUGAAAUAGCCAGCCUCGUACGUCUUCCUCAUCCAAAUUAUAGUAAAAAUUCAAUUCCACCAUUAGAUCUGUAUAUUCCAAUUUCUGCAGUAACAGUAGCUAAAAUAAGCAACAAUGGCGGCAGUGAUCGAGCACAAGUCUUACGCUAGAGUUGGACUGCUUGGAAACCCUAGCGAUGUUUAUUUUGGGAACACUAUUUCCUUCAGCCUUGGAAAUUUUUGGGCUUCUGUUCGUUUGGAACCUUCUAUAGAUCUCGUCAUUGUUCCUCAUCCUUCUCAUGAUCUCGUCCAGUUCAAUUCAAUUUCUCACCUGGUGAACAGGUUGCAGAAUGAGGGGUACUAUGGAGGGGUUCGUUUACUUAUGGCAAUCAUUAAAAUAUUUCACAACUAUUGCAAAGAGAGCAACAUCACCUUACAUGAUGGGAAUUUCACUCUCUCAUAUGACACUAACAUUCCCCGCCAGACAGGGCUUUCAGGUUCUAGUGCAAUCGUAAGUGCUGCACUGAGUUGCCUUCUUGAUUUUUACAAAGUCAGACAUCUCAUCAAAGUUGAGGUAAGGCCGAACCUUGUCCUUAAUGCAGAGAAGGAACUUGGAAUUGUUGCAGGUCUUCAAGAUAGAGUGGCCCAGGUGUAUGGAGGCGUUGUAUAUAUGGACUUUGGCAAGAAUCACAUGGAUGAAUUAGGUCAUGGCAUAUAUACACCCAUGGAUGUUGAUCUUCUCCCAUCUCUUUAUCUGAUCUAUGCAGAAAAUCCCAGUGAUUCUGGAAAGGUACAUAGUACAGUUCGACAAAGAUGGUUAGAUGGUGAUAAAUUUAUAAGAUCAACCAUUGAAGAGGUUGCAAAUAUAGCUGUGGAGGGACGGAAAGCUCUUCUUGAGAAGGACUACAAUAAGUUAGCAGCCCUCAUGAAUCACAAUUUUGACUUGAGAAGGCGUAUGUUUGGAGAUAAUGCCCUUGGAGCUAUGAAUAUAGAGAUGGUUGAAAUCGCUCGAAAGGUAGGUGCUGCUUCCAAGUUCACAGGAAGUGGUGGGGCUGUGGUUGUGUUCUGUCCGGAUGGAACUUCACAAGUGAAGCAGCUGGAGGACGCAUGCCACAAAGCUGGUUUCACUUUCCAACCAAUUAAAGUUAUGCCUUCGUUUCUAAACGAAACUGAUCUUCAAACUCUGAAAUCAAAGUGAAAAUGAUGAUCUGCUUUCAAAUAUGGCGAGAGUCCUCUUUAUUCUUUAACCUUUCAUUGGCAUAUGCUAAGCGCUUUUCACCAAGUAUGUAGCAGCUAGUAUAGAUAGUUUUAGUUACAAUUGUUUUGCUGCUAUUGUAAUGCAUUUCGGGAAGCGCUUACUUUACAGUUUUAGCGUAAACCGUCAUUAGAUUCACAUAUUUUAACUCCAAUUGUGUGAUGCCAAUUAUAAUUACUACUAAA